AUGGGCUUCUCUGGGGUUCCUACUACGCUGCCUUACACCAAGCCUCUCACAACAAGGCUUGGCAAUCAGACUGUGUUGCAUCCUUUCAUCUACUCCCCUGAGGUACCUUCCAACCUGCUGGGGAGAGACCUCCUGACUCGAUUGGGGGCUACUAUUCUCUGCUCGCCUGACGGACUAACAGUCUCAUUCCCUGAUGGAACAUCUCUACCCUGCGCCAGUAUUGAGUCUUCACAUUCAAGCCAAUACAUGAUUCAGCCAGUUGCAGACAGAUCGGCUGACAUCUACUGGGGUCUCCUACACAGUGAAACUAGUGAUAAAGGUGGAAUCCUGUCGGCUUACCUGACUUGGAAACCCUGGAUCUCCCAAAUACACCCCUAUGUGGCCCCUCCUGACCCUCCACAUAUGACAUUGUUUUAUGAUAGAGAGGAUACACAGUGGUAUGAGGAACAGUUUAACAGGGACAUAGAGGGUACUAAUUGGGCUCUUUCCACUAAUAACAUUUAUGUGGCUCCCAUAGGUGUAGCGGCAGAAGUUUCUCUCACCCCAGAACAACUACCGUGGUACAUGAUGAGUGACGAGGCUUCCCCCCAUGUGUCUUUAGCCUUACAUCCAGAGCACCAAGCCAAAGAGCUGGGUUCUAUAGUUAAAACAGCACAACUACAAACUGAUUGGCAGAGGGUUGGCUCUUCGUUGUGGUAUUCACCCGCAACUCAAAUCUACAAAAUACAGGUUUCUUGCACUGACCAUGCUCUCCUUGAACACGCUCAAAUCUCCCGCCACCAUGGCCGAGAGAAAACAGAUCACCCCGAAGCAGCAUUGUUGUUAGAUUCACUGCCUGACUCAUUAUGGUCCACUGGGCCCACGGAUGUUGGCCUAGUUGACUGCCCCCCAGUUACUUUGAAGCUGAAAAAUAACAAUCCAGUGUGGGUUCCCCAAUACCCAAGUAAAAAAGACGCCGAAAUCGGCAUUGCAGAUACCAUUGAAGGUCUAUUUGAAAAGGGGGUGUUGGUAGAAACAUCCUCGGAAUGGAACACUCCCAUAUGGCCCAUUGAAAAGAAGGGCACUGGUAAAUAUUGCAUGGUUCAUGAUCUUAGGGCCAUUAACUCUGCGUUAUGCACGCAAACCAUCCCAGUUCCCAACCCUUACAUUGCGUUGACUAAUCUUGAGCCUCGCCACCAAUGGUUCACCUGUAUCGACCUCGCUAAUGCAUUUUUCUGCCUACCACUAGCCGAAGAAUGUAGAAACAUUUUUGCCUUCACCUACCGAGGGGUCCAACUGACCUAUUCUCGUCUUCCUCGGGGAUUUGCUCUAUCCCCUGGCCUAUUUAAUCAGGUAUUAAAGGAUGUUUUGACUGAUUGCGAGCUGCCACCGGAAGCUACUCUUGUCCAGUACGUUGAUGAUCUUCUUCUUGCUGCACCCACUGCCUCACUCUGCUUGAAAGCCACAAAACAGGUACUACUACAUUUAGCUGAGAAAGGUUUUAAGGCCAGUAAGUCCAAACUACAGGUAGUCCGGAGAGUCGUUUCCUUCUUAGGCAGACAGAUCUCACAGGAAGGGUCCGGUUUAUCACCAGAACACAGGGACACGAUCCUACACCACCCUGAACCCAAAACAGUUAAAGACAUGCUUUCUUUCCUUGGGCUUACGGGCUACAGCAGGAAUUAUGUCGCUAACUACACAGGCCUUACGUCAUCCCUUCGGGACCUAGUUCGCGAACACGGCAUGCGAAAACUGUCUGCACAGCUUAAUUGGACUACGGAAGCUGAGGUUUCGUUUAUAUCCCUCAAACAGCAACUUUCCCAUGCGGCUGAACUUGCGAUCCCCGACUACUCCUCCACCUUCUAUCUUGAUGUUUCUGGUACAUCACACUGUGUCAACGGUGUGCUGUUCCAGAAAAAAGGGGGAGAGAGGAAAAUAUUGAUGUACAUCAGUACGAUGCUCGACAGCAUGGAAAAACGUCACCCAACGUGCACACAACAUGUCGCGGGAAUAGCAAAAAUCAUACAAAAAACAGCACACAUUGUCAUGGACCACUCACUGCACGUUCUAACCACUCACAGCGUUGUGGCAUACGUCAAUUCUGCAACAUUCACGCUCACAGCGCUCAGACAGAGGCGACUAGCGAAAGUACUAGAAGCGCCAAACCUGACAUUCACACAUGAGGGGGUUAACAUGGCAGACCAAAUGGGUACAGGUACACCACAUAUAUGUGCAGACAAGGUUCAGAAAGAGGAAAAAGUCAGACCAGACUUACAGGCAGAAUCAUUUGAGGGAGGAAGAAACUUGUACACAGAUGGGUGUUGUUUCCGACAUGAAAAACAAGGCCUAAUCUCAGCCUAUGCUGUAGUGGAAAAAACAGAAUCAGGCGUAAAAACAGUUGUUGCAGACAAAAUUGAGGGACCCCAGUCAGCACAGAGAGCAGAAAUAAUUGCUGUAAUCAAAGCGUUGAAAGCAGGAGAGGACCAGGUAAUCAACAUUUACACUGACUCAGCUUAUGCAAUAGGGGCGGUACACAUAGAAUUGCCACAAUGGCAAAGAACAGGAUACCUUACGGCGUCCAACAAACCCAUUAAGCAUGAGGCAGAGAUGAAAGAACUAGCGGAAGCACUGAUGUUACCACAAAAGGUAGCCGUAAUCAAAUGUAAGGGUCAUGAGAAAACACACUCGCACACGAAAAUAGGAAAUGACGCGGCUGAUGCAGCUGCGAAAAAAGCAGCCGGAUAUGUACAUAAUAUGAUGAUGCUCUUCUCUGACACUGAGACAACCCCAGAUACCGAUAGGGAACUUGUACAUGUAAAAACGGAACAGAGUAAAACUUCACCGGAGGAGAAAUCACUAUGGCUGGCCAGAGGCUGCACAAAAACCGACGAUUUGUGGCGAAGUCCGGAUGGCCGGAUUGUGCUACCACCUGGAAUAAAAAACAUAGCACUAACUGAGGCGCACGGAGUGGGACAUGCACAGAUGCAGAGAAACCUCGAAAAUUGGUGGCACCCAUUUUUGAAAGAUAUGUGUAAAUAUCAUGUACAUACUUGCCCUGAAUGCACCAUGUAUAAUGCACGACCAACAGUCAGACCGCAUCCUGGACGUUUCCCUCUCGAGACGAAAACAGGGAAAGAAAUCAUCAUAGAUUACACAGAUAUGGUGAAAUCAGUAAAAGUGUACAGGUAUAUGUUGGUAUGUGUGGAUGCUUAUUCAGGUUGGCCAGAGGUACUCCCUACAAAAAGGGAAGACAGUAAGACAGUGGUGAAGUUUUUGGUAAACCAGUAUAUCCCCAGACAUGGUUUUCCUGAGAAAAUCCGAUCAGAUAAUGGUACACAUUUCAAAAACCAUGAUCUGCAAAAGGUUGAAGAAAUGCUGGGGUUGAAACACAGGUUUGGUUCGGUCUACCACCCACAAUCCCAAGGAAAGGUUGAAAGAAUGAACCAAACACUCAAAUCUAAAUUGGCAAAAAUCUGUGCACAGACCAAAAUGAAUUGGCUAGAUGCGCUACCCCUUGCCCUCAUGUCUGUUCGAAGCUCAAUAAACCAAAGUACGGCCUUUACUCCCUUUGAGCUGACCACAGGCAGGAGGUUUCCAGGGCCCCAGUCCAAGCUUAUUGGAAUCAAAGGUGAUGAUCAGUCAUUAACCCACACGCAGUAUUUCCAUGCUUUACAAACCCUUGUUGCAGAGUAUGCCAAGCAGGUGGGGGAGAGAAACAAGGAAGACACAGCGACUCCACCAAGCACAGAGUGGGUCCUACUGAAGGUGCUCAAGCGAAAGUGGACCGAACCCAGGUGGACGGGUCCAUAUCGAGUGACUGAACGCACCUCGCAUGAUGUUCGGCUGAACGGCAAGGGAGACACGUGGUUCCACUGGAGCCAGUGUGCAGCGGCGGACGCCCCUGCACGCACGUUGAGAGGGACACGUACCGAGUUACGUGAACAACAACAACGGGAGAAGACCACCAAUCAACAAGGGGCAGAAUAAUCCCCUGGUGGCAUCAGGGUGAGGUAGUCUACCCAAAAUCCCUGUGGGAGGAGGUGAAAUAGCGCUCCUCUCCUACACGUGGUGUGCCAAACCACCAACCAGAUUCGUCGAGGGACCAAGAAGAUUGUGACAACCAUCGACCUCCUUAUUCUCUGUUGGUUUGGGGUACUCAUGGUCUUUCUUUGGGCCCUGAUACAUCUGUCCAUCACGGGUACAACUCAAGUUCAAGGUGCCACUAAGUAUUAGUACUUAGUCGAAUUUUCAAGUAACUGGUGUACAUUAAUCAAUUUUUACAAACGUGCUAUUGCUAAAGAGUUGUGUGACCGAGAUAUUAGAAGGUAUAAAACUGUCGAGGGAGUAACCCUACCCCGGACUACAUGAGAUAUAGAUUUGCUCGUCACAAAAGAGUUCACUGCUUGCUAAUAUGUUAUACGGUAACUGGAAACCCCUGUUGAGACUCAGCAUCCCUUUAGUUGUCAUCGUAACGGUCAUAUUCCUACUCACUACUAGUUUCUGGCCUGGUGCUCCAAAAGUGGGUAACUCACCCUCACAUUCAAGACGAUCCGGUACCACAGGCGCAUUUAGGAAAUGUGCUUCCGAUAGCCUAGUUUUCUGUUCCUCUGCCAAUGAGUCUUCUAUCAUUCUGAUACCAUAUUCGGCCCUCCGAUCCUAUGGUUUCUCCGGACAAAAAUCAUACAGUUACUACGCGCUAUUAGGUACCGGGUGGAAUUGGUUGAUUGGAGAAACUGAUUAUGAUUGGAGUCAAGACUACGCGGAAGAUAUGGCAAAAGCUCAUAGACGUUCCUUCACAAUGUCCAAAACUCCUUCGGGUCUGGCUCUCAUGUAUAAUACAACCACAAAAACCUGCCUAACCAUGACGAUAUAUGAAUAUGUCUCUGGUCGUGACCCUGGUUGCCAAGUCACCCUUUGCUACGAUCCCUCCAAAAAGGCUCACACCCUCUCAAACACUGCUAGCAGCUUAGGAGCCCACAUCGUCGUCCUAACCGGUAAUGAUAGUAUGAGCCUUGUCAACGAUUUCUUCCAGGUCACCACAGGUAUCUCAGCCACUAGUAAUAAUUGGCUGUUGAUGGCCGAACAAGCCGCUAAUUCCACCAAUUCCAGUUGUGUCGUCUGUUUGGGUGCACGCCCUAUCCUGAGAGUCGUACCAGCUGCCCUGCCAUCCGCCUGCCUUACUGACGUUAUGAACCACUCCCGGCCUAAAAAAAACAGAAUGUGCUGCUUGGGACUCUGUGUUCAAAGUGGUCGCAGUGGCGGCUGAGAAACCUGUGUUCUCUAAACACGUAGCUGGAGGUAACUUUUCGUGCGUAUCAUUCCAAUCGUCCGCACCUAAAUUGGGUUCCUUAAACCCGAUCUGCUGUACCUUCCAUGUCACGGUCCCCUCAGAUUUUUCCCCGGUCGCACGAGCUGACAUAUGGUGGUGGUGCGGGGAUGAUAAGAUUUAUGACCGCCUGCCGCGUAAUGUAUCAGGCCAUUGCGCCCUUGUUACCUUCUUAUUGCCUGUCCAAAUCUAUCCUAGCACUGCACAGGACUUAAUGGCUAAAUUGUAUACACUUAUGCCUACACGCUGGGGGGGAAGAUCUAAACGCUCUGACAAUAACCCAUGGUGGCAUGCCGACGACCCCACGUACAUCGAUUCCAUAGGUGUCCCACGGGGUGUCCCGGAUGAGUACAAAAUCACUGAUCAAGUUGCCGCGGGCUUUGAAUCUGCUCUUUGCUGGUGGUGUACUGUUAAUAAAAAUGUUGAUCGAAUCAAUUACGUUCAUUAUAAUGUACAGCGCCUAGGUAAUCAAACAGAAGAAGGUUUCCGAGCAGUCCAUGAACAACUUAAAACCACAUCCCUUAUGACAUUCCAAAACAGAAUUGCUAUAGAUAUGCUCCUGGCCGAAAAGGGAGGAGUGUGUGCUAUAUUUGGUGACCAAUGUUGUACCUUCAUUCCCAACAACACAGCCCCGGACGGCCGCCUCACCCGAGCCAUCGAAGGGUUGCGCACGCUGAAUAAAAAAAUGAAAGAUCACUCGGGUGUUAAUACGUCUUUGUGGGAUGACUGGAUGGAGGUGUUCGGUCGAUAUAAAUCAUUGGUGUCGUCCCUAUUGAUUUCAAUAGCAGUUUUCGCAUCCAUCCUCACCCUCUGUGGGUGUUGUUGCAUCCCCUGUAUUCGGUCACUUGCUAAUCGUCUCAUCACCACUGCAAUUGAAGGUAAAGCUCCUCCACAUCAAAUGAUGCCUUUCUUUGCACGUCUCCACUGACCUUACUGACGACGAGGAGGUUGCUGACCCUCCCAUUUUCCGAGUUAAAUAAAGUCUCAUAAUGUUCUUCAUUAUUGCCUGGUUAUGCCUUAUUGUAACUAGAAUUGCUGCAGCCUGUCACCUCGUCAUAGGACUUGAGCCAGAUGUACUCUAGGUGAUGUGUUUACUUGCUUUUUGCUGGAUGCUGGUAUUUGCUGAUGUUUUACAUAUUAUACAAUGUUUUGAUUUGUGAUCUCUUUAAUAGAGAUCAAAAGGGGGAUUAAUGAGUGUACAAAGCCUCCUGUCUGAGGGUUCAGAGUGGAGCAAACAUGCAGGAAAUGUCCUGGCCUCGGUUUGGCUCAGUGUGCCAAACACUGCAUUAACAGGAAACGGAUGCUUGAGCAACAACCAACUUAACAGGAGACCAAGGGAGGUUCCUAGACACGAGACACAUAGCAACUGACGUCAGUCAGUAGACUGACCAAUCAGAUAACUACUGGCACAGGGUAUAUAGCUGUUGUACAACAAACUCUCAGACAGAUCGCUUUGGGUUUUCCUGGUACUACUGUUCAAGUGUACAAUACGAUCUCCGCUCUCUG